CUCCUCCUCCCCCGGCAUCGCUGGAGCGACUCGGGCUGCCUGCCUGCUUGCCUGGCUGCCUUGCAAACCAACAUGGAGUAGCAGCGCGAGAGAUGGGGCUCUAGCGGGGCCACCCCACGGCGACUACAACGCGAUUUUUACAUUGUAAUAACAACAACCACCGUCGUGCGGAGGACAUUUUUUCGGGGGGGGAGGGCAAAAAAAACGACAACCAGCCAGCACCUGAGGGCGAGUCCAUAUUCUCCUGCAAGGCGGGGGGAGGGAAGGCUUUCGUCGGACUAACAGUACCUGCUGGCUCGCUGAAAAGUUGGAGGAUAUCGGAGGAGAGGGGCUCGACAUUUGCAAUCGAAAAGCAGCUGGCUGACGAGGAAUAAGAGCAGGGAGGUGAAGAGGGAGAAGGGGGGUGGGUUCGCACUGCACACCAAAGAUUUCCAGGAGGAUAUUUUGGUGGUAAAUGUGGAUUUGUAGCGGGGAUCAACGCGAUGACGAGGACGAGGGAGAACGCAUCCGCCGCGCUACGUGACCUAAGGUGAAGCGAGGAAACAUGAUAGAAGAAGAAACACACCCAAACGAUGACAGCUACAUCGUGCGUGUGAAAGCGGUGGUGAUGACGCGGGACGACUCGAGCGGAGGCUGGCUGGCCCAGGAUGGGGGCGCCCUUAGUCGGGUGGGGGUGUGCCGGCUCCGGCCGCCCGAGCUGCCCCAGCUACCGCCCUCUGGCAGCUCCCAGUUUCUCAUCCGGGGCGAGCGGCUACGGGACAAACAGGUGAUCAUGGACUGCCCGUUGAGGAAGGACUUGGUGUACACCAUCGCCACGCCCACCUUUCACCACUGGAAGGUGGAGGACCGAAGGUGCGGCCUUUCCUUCCAGAGUCCGGCCGAUGCCAGGGCUUUCGACAGGGGAGUGCGCAAAGCCAUCGAAGACCUGGCCGAAGGUUCCACAACCUCCUCAACAGCACUCCAGAACGAGGGCGAGCUGGGCGACGACGACGUCUUCACCAACGCCACCGACAGCUCGUCCAACUCCUCCUCCCAGAAGCUGGAGAGCUGCCUGCCGCCGCUCGAGUCCUCACCUCUACCGCAGAGGCACAGGUGCAUGCUGGGAUAUCACCACAACCUUCACGACUCAUACCGGCUAUCGGACCACUACCUGCUGGACCAGCCUCUGUCCCGGAUUCCCCAUGUCACCUUUCAGGAGGAUGAGGAAAUUGUGCGCAUCAACCCACGCGAGCGCAGCUGGGAGCGGGUGGGGGACCGCGUCAGCGAGCGUCUCCACGCGCGCCCGUCAGAGCGCUCUUGGCUCACGGGCUACGAGGACUACCGCCACGCCACCAUGCGCGACAAGUUCAUCCAGAUGGACGACACAGAAUCCUACGUCCACUUUGCUAAGACAGAGGCGCAUAAGCACGACUACACGUACCCGCUAGCGCCUGUCCUCUCGCCCUCGGACUCCGAUCCAGCCCUAGGACCCUUUGCCGUUAAGGGCCACCACGGCGGGUCCUACCGCCAGGGCUUUUCCGUGGUCUCCAGCCAGCCUCGCUCCUUCCUACCCAGCUCUUCCUUGUCCGCCAACGGCGGGAAGGGCCACAAGGAGGACGGUCUGGAGCGGGCCCACUGCGAACACUGCGGUGAGGCGUUCUCGGUGGCGGAGAACAGGCGAGGCCGGUGCCAGGACGCUCCGGAUCCCGUGCGGGGAUGCGUCCGGCGGGUCAGCUGCAUGUGGCUGGCGGACACCAUGCUCUACCACUGCAUGUCCGACCCCGAAGGGGACUACUCGGAUCCCUGCUCCUGCGAUGGGGGCGAGGGCGGCCGGUUGGGCACGCGCUGGCUGGCCCUGCUGGGCUUGUCUCUGGUGGCGCCGUGCCUCUGCCUGUAUCCACCGCUGAAUACGUGCCACCGGGCGGGCUUGGCAUGCGGUUGCUGCGGGGGCCGACAUAAGGCCCUCAGCUGAGAGGGAAAAAAAUUAGAACCCAACGCAAGCACAGGGAAGGACAGGGGACAACCGCUGAGGUUUCGCUUGAUCGCCUGACAAUUCCUGGAAUUGAUAUAAGCCAAAAAGUCAUAAAAAAAAUAUUAAAAAACUGGUGCAUUUUCUAAGAAGCCUGGGAAGAUAAGCUACCCCUAAAGGCAGACACUUGUCUCGUCUCUCCAUGCUCCAUUUCCGGGCAAGAGACCGCACUCUUUUUUUUCAGGGGGCCUUUUAUUUUUGUUUUAUAGCUGAAUAUAUAUGUAUCACAUAUGCAGGUACUUUAUAUUUUGUACACUGACUUUGUCAUCAGAGAACUUAAAUUGCAGUGUUCCCCCGCGAAUACAAGGAUCGAGCCGUGCCGCCAAAAAAAAGCUGACGUCCGCGGUAAUUGACGCACGUCUAAAAAGCUUUAUAAUCGUCAACAGAUGCCACAAGAUGGCGAUAAAGCAUUGCUUGUCUAUUAGACAGAACUACGGCUUGAUGACAUGAUGCUCGCCCCCGUCAUUUCAAAAUAGUUCCUUGGCACCAAAGCAAUACUUUUAUAUGAAACAUGGCUUUGGCCUGAGCACAAAAACAGCAAAUGUGAGUUUUUCUGCAGAUGAUCGGUUCCAAAAAUAAACUCGCGGCUUAUGCGGGGGAAUACUGUACUCUUUUCUUUGUUCUAUUAUUUUCUUUCCUAUUUCAACAUCCUUGUUCCAAUCGAAACACUACAUCUGAAAAGUAUGAGGCCACAUCCUAGCAAUCAAAAGAUCCCAAAGAUUUUAUUUAUUUUCUCAUUGUACUGAUCCACAAGCAGUUUUGGCUUUGUGGUUCACUCGUGGUGCCUCCGGUCACACUCACCCAUUAUUGUUAGGAUUAUUACAAAAGGUGCCUCAAAAAGUAUAAUCACUAAAAUUCGGAAACCCUGCCAUUCUUGGGAGCGUCAGAAAUUCAUGCUUUUCUUUUUUUUUGCUGCCACUUGCCUUAACAAUCUGGAGUGAAGAUUUCCGUCGCAGAACUCAAAGCGUGGUGACAAACUUGGUUGAAAACUUUUUUUAUACUUAAAAAAAAUAAAAAAGAUAUAAUGAACAAGACUUAUCUGCGGCGUACAAUCGGCUCAGACCAACGGUGACAUUAGAGGAGCAACACAAAUCCCAACAAACUCAAUUUAUACUGUACAUUUUGGGUGCCAAAAUACAAGAGUCAUUUAUGACAAGUGUUAGCAUUGCUUUCUGUGUGCUUUAAAAAUCGUCGUGUCGUUUUUGUCAAAUCUGAACAAACAUUAAGCAACAUGCGAAAAACAAUACUAGCACUGUGCCAUAAGUGAUGUGGACAAAACCAUGACAAGUUGCAACUAUUAUUAAAUUUAUCCCUUCCUUAAGUACAAAAUACAAUUACACGCCAAUCAAUAUUUUGAAGAAAAAAAAAUCAGUCGUGAUACAUUGCAUUGCUACUGUGCGAUAUCUAUGUUGAAGUAUCUACUACCUAUGUGACGAAGUCAAGCUAUAGAAAAAAACAUGCAGACAUCCAAGAAAUGUAGUUAUUUAAUGUGAUUAAGGAUAUUAAAAAAAAAACUCAAUUUGGUAACAGAAAAACAACAACUGUACAAUAUCUGAUAUUGGCUCAAGUAUACUAAAUCGAUAUCUCAUGUUGGCAUAUCUAUAUUGUAUCUGAUAUCUGACUGCUUAUCAGAUUAUGCCAUAUAAAUUCUGUAAUAAUAAGAUAUCGGUGUAGCCAUACUGUACUGAUAUCAGCACGUUGAUACUGUAUUUGAUAUUUGAUGUUGGUAUAUCGACGCUGUAUUUACAUAUAUUGCAAUAUUUUGUUCCAUCUCUUGCUGAAAUCAUUUUGACAAAUGCUUCACAUAAAUGUUUUUUUAAGGCAUCUGGAGCGUUUAAAAGGACAAGGGUGCCCCCCCCCCCGCCCCAACUCAACUAAAACCUAGGAAGUCAAGCUCCCAUCCGGAUAGAGGUGCCAAGGAAAUGUCACUUACUGUAGUUGAAGUCCAGAAUGGCUGAGGAUGUCCUUUUACCUUGAGUCCGUCUCCCACGUCCUGUGCUUUUGUGUCCUUGGUGUGUUUUUUUUUACCUCCCGACACUGCAUCUGCGGGGAUUGAAAAAAAGAAGUAAAAAAAAAAAACAUCCCAUUUGUAGUGUCAAACAUCGGGGGAGAGACAAUCAGAAUAGGAAAGUGUGCGUUUGUCUUUUUUCCUCUCCGUCCACUCUUUUAUGUGUCCUUUCAGAGCCAAUUUACAAGUGCCUGAACGCAUCGUCUCUUCUGUCUUGUAUUAAAGUUGAGAAGUUAUUAGGAAAAAAAA